AUGGAGAGCCCAACAGAAUUUACCUCAAUUCCAGCUUCAGCUUUAAAAAAUGGCGAAGACAACAGCUCAGUUUCAGACUGGCUUGUACCAGGAUUAUCGAUUGUCUGCAUUCUCUUUGCAUCUUCGCUGCUGCUGAUCCAGUUCUUUGCCGUCUGUUUUGCUCGGUAUCACUUCCAUCGUCAGAAGAAUCACAAACUCACAAAAGCGCCAGGUGUCUCAAUUCUAAAGCCUCUUCGAUUCACUGAUCAAGAAGUAAAGUACUUGUCUGACAACUUGGAGUCAUUUUUUACCCUUGCCUAUCCGAAAUAUGAAAUUAUAUUUUGUGUCCGAGAAUAUGACGAUUCUUCUGUGCCGAUUGUUGAGAAACUGAUCAAAAAAUAUCCGAAUAUUCCGUGCAAGCUUCUUAUUGGCGGAAAUGACAUCGGCAUCAACCCGAAAAUUAACAACAUGCAAAAAGGCUACGAGCAAGCAAAAUACGAGUUCGUCUGGAUUUGCGACGCUGGAAUUCGCGCUCAUCCGGACACUCUCAACGAUAUGAUGCUCCGUAUGCUCGAGUCGAAGAGCGUCGCACUUGUUCAUCAACUACCCUUUGUCGAUUCUGUGCAGGCAAAUAUGGGCAGUUAUUUGGAAAAGAUCUAUUUCGGAACGCAACAUGGGAGAAUUCAGAUAACAGCUCAUUGUCUUAAACAAGUUUGUAUCACGGGCAUGUCGAACCUUAUCCGUCGCCAGGCUUUGGAAGAAGCGUGCGGCGGUCUAAUCGGCUUAUCGAGCUACAUUGCAGAAGACUACUUCAUGACGAUUAAAAUGCACGAGGCCGGUUGGACAUUUCGCAUGUCAACCUAUCCAGCGCUGCAGAAUCUGAUCAAUCCGACGAUGCGAGGCUUUUUUAGGAGAAUGGUUCGCUGGUCCAGGCUCAGGAUAAAAAUGCUACCAGGCGUGACCGUGGUGGAGCCAUUCUCGGAGUGCUUCGUUUCCGGCCUUCUUUUUUCGCUGGGAGUUGGGCACUUUACGGACUCAAUUUCCACCAUCGCAAUUUUUCUCCUUUAUACAGCUUGGUGGAUGACCAUGGACUUGAUGCUCGUCUCUGGUCUCCAGUCUUGUGGCUCGCGAAUACCGCUUCACAAGUUCAUUCCGCUCUGGAUUCUACGAGAAUUAUCAACGAUACCGAUUUUAUUCACAGCUCUGCUUAGACCCGAUGUCACAUGGAUCGGCUCUGCCAAAUACAAAAUCGGCUUCGGCGGAAAAGCGGAGAAGAUUAAUACCUGCCAAAACGACGAUCUUCAAUGA